CGGGGCGUCGUGGAGGAGCCUGGGGGCCCCUGGCCACUGGUCCGCCAGACUGCCCCACACCUGCCACCCUCCGAUGGGUCCGCUGCCUUUGUGCCCGCCAAUAGGGCUGUCGCUGCUGCUGCUCCUGGGUCCCGGCCUCGGGCUCAGCGCAGCUUCCCAAAGGUCACAUGUGCACCGACGUGGGCUCAUCGAACUGGCAGGGACUGUGAAUUGCGUUGGCACCCGCACCCCCGUGGCCUACAUGAACUACGGCUGUUACUGUGGCCUGGGUGGCCAUGGCCAGCCCCUGGAUGCCAUCGACUGGUGCUGUCACUACCACGACUGCUGCUACAAACGUGCCGAGGAUGCUGGCUGCAGUCCCAAGAUGGACCGCUACUCCUGGAAGUGCGUUGAUCAGCACAUCCUGUGUGGACCGGCGCAGGACAAAUGUCAAGAACUCAUGUGCAAGUGUGACCAGGCGGUUGCUUACUGCUUAGCCCAAACUGAGUACAACAUCAAGUACCUCUUCUACCCCCGUUUUCUGUGUGAGAAGGACUCACCCAAAUGUGACUGACUAGCCUGACUUGAAAUGUCUUUUUUGCACAAGGAAAUAAAACUCCUUUUUGCGUAUCAA